AUGUCAACUAGUAGGAGACCCCUGGCAUCCAUGACGUCCUCGGUCCUUAACACCUGGGGGUUUGUCGAUGGCAUUUCUCACGACGCUUACCAACAUAGUAUCUGCACUAACGGUAGUCUAGUCUAUAUUAAGAUGCAUUCUGCAAGCCCUUUCUUCCAUAGUUAUGAACGUGUUAUGAAGUGGGAAGACAUUCCUCCUUAUCCCCUCAUAAACUCCUUACUCUACGGCCCUAAACAACCCGUCCCUAAUUGCGUUUGGGCUAGCUCUCAUAGAUCCCCGCGCCCCAAUGAUCCUCAAAUAUCAUAUAUCAUUCUAGAUGCACAGCCUUCUAUAUCACCAACCUCGCCAUCUCUUUCUUUUACCUCUCUGUGUUCUUAA